AUGGAGCAAUCAACCACAUCCCAUUUCAAGCUCUCUGCAACAUUCUGCGGUACAUGCGACGUCCGGUUCGACAAUCCGGAUACUCGCCGAGCACAUUCAAAGAGCCAAUGGCAUGUCACGAAUCUCAAGCGCCGCAUCGCCGAGCUGGAACCCAUCACAGCGGAGCAACACGCCGCUGUGGUGGCCGCCGCCCCGACUAGCCCCACCACGGAGCCCUCAUCGGAAGACUCCUCAUCCUCCGCCUCCGAUGUCGAGACGGACGCCGAGCCCGAAUUCGUCCCCGAGGAAUGUCUUUUCUGCAACACAGUCUCAGAAAGCUUUGAGGAGAAUGUCGCGCACAUGCACAAGUUACAUGGCAUGUUCAUCCCCGACAAGGAGAGACUCCUCGUCGAUCUCGAGACUCUGGUGCGAUAUCUCCACCUCGUCGUCUUCGGGUACCGCGAAUGCCUUCAAUGUGGGACGCAACGCCGCACGCCCGCCGCGGUCCAACAGCAUAUGAAGGGCAAAAACCACUGCCGCUUCGAUAUUCACGCUGAGGACUCUGAAUACAGAGACUUUUAUGAGAAACCCGCGAUCGACGAGGAGGAAGCAGACGAGGCAGGCAAGACACGCAAGGCCAUUUCCGACGCCAUCGAGGAGGGCAGCUCCAUUCGCCUGCCUUCCGGAAAGACGCUCUCCCACCGCUCCGCCCCAGCACCAUCGCGUCCUCGCAGGAAGCUUGGCGAGACAUCGUCUGGUGACAACCUUCUCCCCGAGGGCGCGGAUGUGGAUGAGUCCAAGGCGAGCAUGCAGCUCACCGCACCCGGGAAGAAGAACAGCUCCAAGGCGCUUACGCGUGCUGAGAAGCGCGAGGCUGUGUUUGAGACCCAGCUUACGCGUCUGAGUGCCAACGAUCGCAUGGCCUUAGCCCAUCUUCCGGCUGCGGAGCAGAGGAGUUUGUUGUUGACGCAGCAUAAGCAGUUGCAGAAGGCAGAGAGGGCCGCUAGGAGGACUCAUAUGAGGUUGCAGAUGAAGGGGAACAUCAGCGGACGUUUGAAUUUGGUUGAUGAUGUGAUGGGGCCGAAGUUUAUGGUGGGAUUGUGGGGCUGA